AUGGCGGGAGACACUCGGUCGUGGACGACGUCCUCGUCCCAUGGCCCCAUCCACUCAAGUCUCACCUUCACCGUAGAUAGCGGCACCCUGUACAGCUUCGACACGACGAGUGAAUGUCGCUUACGUCCGGGCGACACGCUCCAUGGCACUUACCGCAUCACGACAGAGCUUGCCAUGGGCGGUCGCUGGGUCGAGUUCCUUCAUCUUCGGCAUCGCCUGCAGCUUGACGAUGACUACGCCCUGGAAGAUGGGCGACGAGUCUACACGGCCUCUUUUGUGCUUGUGGUCCCCGCUGGAAUCGACCGGACCAACGACCGGGCUCAAGACGAAUGUAAGCCGCUGCCGCCAUCCUUCCACAUCCAGCGCUCGACUUUUCGAACCUGGAGCCCGACCAUACCACCCAACGUCUUCAUAUCGUACUCGUUGCGGGCCUCUGUGGCGCAUGCAAUGAAGUCUGCCGAGAUUGUCUACCCAGUGACCUGUCUCCCGUACAUCGAGGCCCAGCCACCUAUCGAAACGAACUGUUUCCCGGACGAUUACGUCCUCUCUGCUAGCCAGACCGCCUGGAGGUGGCUUCUUGGGCAGACUCUGGGGCGCAUCACGUUCGAGGCGCGAGAGCCACCGCCCCUCCUGUACAACUCCUCUGAGCAUCUCUCGACGACGCACUUCUCGACCAGGACGUAUUACAGCGGGACGAAACUGACGGGCAACCCGAGCAGGGCGUUCGUGCAGGAGUCUAGCCGGACCCAGCUCCACAUGGAUACGAUCCAGCUCGACGUGCACAGCUUCUCGUCCCUGCAGUGGAGCCCAAGAGACGUACGCAGAGGGAGCAGCAUGGUGGGCGCCGCUGCUGCCACGACCGACAAAGAGGAGAGUCCGCCCUGGUAUGCAGCUGUCCAUGUUCCAAUCAAGCCACCCCUGAAGCUGCUACCGAGCUUCUGCAGCGACUAUGUGGCCUCGUCGUACGCCAUCAUCGCCAAGGUAUCCAUCAGCGGUGUCCACGCCAAGCCGUCGUAUCUCAUGUUUCCACUGCAGGUGGCUUACCCGAGCUCCGCGCAGAAGGACUCGGGGCACCAAGCUGCGGACAGUCGGGGACUUGCGCCGCCAGUGUUCUCGUCGUCGCCUGAGGACAACGUGUGCUGCACCGCGGUGGACGCAGACGUACAGUGUGAGAAUCCGCGAAUCGUGCCACCCUAUGUCGAUGUCUCCCUGUCAGCGGCCAGAUCUCCGCGCAGAGGACCUUGA